UUUAAGGAUCGACAAUCCAUUGAUGUUUUCGCAGUGGUUGCCGUUGUUCUGUAUUUUAAUAUCAUUAUCCAUAGACGCUGCUCCAACAAACCGCGAUGAGGUAGAUGAUUUACAGAAUGCUGACAAGCAACGGCGCUGGGAACAGGAACAACGACGGAGGGAGGAGGUGCAGAAAGAAGAGAUAGCGAAGUACGUGAAAUAUAUGAGGUAUCUGGAAACCGUGCUUAAUAUCUUGCAAGCAACACCGCAAUGGAAAGAAGCAAUGCAAAGUAUGACACAAGAAGAAAUGCUGAGUGGCAAAAUAGCAGAAAUGGUCGAUAAGUUAGAACCACAUAUUAUUGAACAACUGGCAAAGGCUAAAAUAUUGGAAUUGCAACGUCUGGAACAAGAAAUAAGGGAUCAACUGGAUGUGGAUGGUGGUGCUACUCAUAAUAUUAAAAUACCAGAGCAUUUGGAUUUCAACAACUGGGAAACGUUCAGCCAAGAGGAUCUACGCAAACUUGUCGUCAAAAUAGUAGCUGAUAUGGAUGAAUUGGAACAACGGCGAAAACGAGACUUCAAACAGUAUGAAAUGAAAAAAGCGGAAGAAGAUCAUAAAAUGGCACAAAUGGUUCAAACGGAACGGGAGCAGUACAUACAACAAAUGGAGGAACAACGGAGGCGGCAUAAUAAACAUGAACCACUGAAGCAUCCAGGAAGUCGUAAUCAAUUAAGAAAAGUUUGGGAAGAUACUGACAAGCUCGACAAAGAUGCAUACGACCCAACAACGCUCUUUGGUUUGCAUGAUAGAAAUGAUGAUGGUUACUGGAGCUAUGAUGAGUUGAAUACCAUCUUUUUACCAGAAAUCGAGAAACUUAAUAAUUUUUCUGAUCUUGAAAGGCUUGAGGAGUUGUAUCGAAUGCGUGACCAUGUAAUGAAACAGAUGGACACAGAUGGUGAUCAUCGUAUUUCGCUUGCUGAAUUUCUUGCGGACAGAGAGGCACAAGAAGAAAAACCGGAUCAGGGCUGGGAAGAUAUUGGCGACAAAGAACAAUACACCAAAGAAGAAUUAGAGAUUUUUGAAAAAGAAUAUGCAAAGCAACAAGGAUGGGGUGAAUACGCCUAUUCGACACCUGCGCCUACGCCUGGUCCUAGUCAAAUGAAUCAUCCUGACCAAAAAUCAGUGCAGAAACAUAGUGCAGUUACCAACCAACUUGGUAAAAUGGACAUGAAACAACCCCAUCAAAUUCCAGUACAACAUGUUGAGCCUAUUCAACCUUUGCAACAGCAUCAGAUGGAUGAGCACCCAAUACAACAUGUUGACAGAACUUAUGGUGUCUGAUUUUGAAUAUCGACAUACCUUACAUUAUAUUAGGCAGUGGUUUACAGUCUGUCGUAAUUUUUCCGUACAUACUGUUUUUGUUUCAUGUUUAAAAUAAGUUAAAAGCACCA